AUGAAAUACACUGACGACGUAUCAUCUGAACUAAUAUGCGUUCAGGAAUGCGCAUGCAUUAGUGAACAGUAUGAAAAAAAAGAUGGACAAUGCAUUGAAAAGAACGAUACUGCGACGCGAAUUGAAGCUGAGCUUUCGGUUGAAAAUUUAUUUAAAGGAACUGAAAAAGUAACACCAACUUCAACUCAACGAUUUGUCACCAAAGAAUUUUCCGCUCAAAUAACUGCCCAAAAGACCCCUGCUGAAGUGCCAACACCAAAGGUUUGCAGUGGAAGAAUCUGUAGACUUGACGAAAUAAUCACCGAUACUCUGUGCUCAUUGACAGACCAGAAAUGUGGACCAAAUAUGGUUUUUAGGACCAUAGUUGGGCCUUUACGCAUGAAAGUUGGUAUAUCAUCAUAUAAGAUGUGCAUUCAACAGUGCACUUGCGACAGUAAUGAAUACACGAAAAUAGGUGGACAAUGCAUUAAAGAAAAGAGUGUUCCGAUGCGAAAGGAAACUGAGUUUGAUGGUGAAAUAUUGCCUAAACACUGCGCGGGAAGAGUGUGUGCACUUGAUGAAGAAAUAUUCAAUGCUCCGUGUUCAUUGACUGGUAAAAUUUGCGGUACCAAUAUGAUAUUUAAUAAUAUCAGUAAAUUGAUUGAAAACAAUGGUAGUGAAUUUUGCAUUCAAAAAUGUUCUUGUAUGGGGGAAGAAUACGUCAGAGCAAAUGGUCAAUGCAUCCUUCCUGCGAGAGGAAAUGAAUCAGCGACACCAACUUCAACCCAACGAUCUGCCUCCAAACAUCCACAAUUUCCCGUUCAAAGAACUAUCGAAAAGACCCAAUCAAAUUGUAUUGGACGAUCCUGCAAGCGGAUUCGCGACCUACUUUGCACCCUAACAGGUCGGAAAUGUGGUGAUAAUAUGGUCUAUAAGACUAUUAAACGAUUAGUAUACAUCGAUGACUCUCCUGAAAUAUGCAUUCAGCAAUGCAAAUGUGUUAGCAAAGAAUAUACGGAAAAAGGUGGACGAUGUAUUAUACGAGAAAGAUCUGUGAAGAAAUCCGUGGACUUGGAAUAG